CAAAACAAAAGGAAGAAAACAACAUAUCCGAGAUUUGCGACAGGCGGGGUAGCUGAUGCGCCAUUGGAUACAAUGGCUCUCGCUAACGUAUUGAUUUUGAGCCAAAUUGCUGGCCAUGUGUUUGCAUUUAUCCUGUCGAUGUGCAUUUUCAUUCCCCUGGCCAUCCAUGUCCGAUCUUUCGAUGGACAUUGUUUGCUGUUUACGAGCGGCACCUGGCAGGAGAAGGAUGGUCUCUUCGAUGUGAGAUGGGCUUCAAAGGCGUACUGCAAUUAUCCCAUCAUCGUCGGCGUCAACUUGUUUAUCAUUUCCGGAUUGCAAAUCUACAAGAUGGCUUUUUUGGCGUACCGUGAACUGGAAAGAUCCUUUUUGGGGCUGUUUUUCGAUGUAGUAAUCAGCAUUUCGCUCUGCGCGAUGACUUUGAUUGCUGCAAUUAUUAUCACCCUAGGAUUCAUGGCAUGGUGCUCAGAUAUGACCGAACGUUUUCCUUCCUGCGAUAUAGCGGACGGACAAAAUAUUACCAAUGUGGAACUCAACAUCCAAACAUCCGGAUUCUAUAUUGAAAUGGGCACUGCUCAAUUCGGUGCCUGGGCAUCGUUUGCAACCUGGGUAGGUUUGUCAGUUUUUUCGCUGUUAAAACUCAUCAACAAUCACCAGGUUCGCAACAUUCGGGUAUCGAUGUACAUCGAACGACAACGCCUGGUUAACGAGGAUGUCUAUCGUGGAACAACGUCCGAAGUACCGGCCGCUUCAGGCACUUUAAGUGAUAAUUAAUGCAGCAUCGUUUGCUUACCAUGCGCACAGACUGGUAUGACUGGUUGCACGUGAAUGAAUAUUGAAUAUUAACGAGCCAAUGUGCACACAAAUUGAGAUAUACUUUUCCAUUUAAUAUACUUACGUUAAUCGCAGUUUGGCGCAUACAGCUUUAUUUUAAACAUACUACACGAUUUGCAUUAGAACACUGUUGCCGUACAUCACACCGACGGUUAGAAAAUCAAAUUCCUUUGAAAUUAUGUUAAUUUCUCGAAAUACGGUUAAAAUGCGGAUUAAAACAAAUAAUAAGUAAUAAAUAUAAUUUAAGAAAUACGCAUAUGUGUUGCAUUAAACUAGCGGUAGAUGCACA